AUGGAGGUCCUGAGGGAGAAGGUGGAAGAGGAGGAGGCCGCCGAGCGGGAGGAGGGGGUAGAAUACCCCCCCAGGCUCGAGAAAAUGACAAAGCCGCCCCGGAAGGAGACAGCCACCCUGACGCAGGAGAUGCUGAGAGAAAUGGAGCAGAAGUUGGCAGAGAUCGAGGUCCCCACUCCAGGGGAGGCCCUGGAAAAAGACACCAUUGACAUCUCCACGCUGCCCCUUUCCUACAAAACCAACACACCCAAGGAGGAGCAGCUUCUACAGGUGGCAGACAACUUCUCCUCCCAGUACAGUCACCUGUGCCCGGACCGAGUGCCCCUCUUACUGCACCCGCUGAAUGAGUGCCAAGUGCCCAAGUUCGUGAGCACGACCCUCCGGCCCACACUGAUGUCCUACUCCGACCUCUACAACUGGGACAGCUGCGCCCAGUUUGUCUCCGACUUCCUCACCAUGGUGCCCCUGCCUGACCCCAUCAAGCCGCCCACGCACCUGCACUCCCCCACCACGGUGCUCAAGCAGCAGAAGGGCAACUGCUUCGACUUCAGCACGCUACUCUGCUCCAUGCUCAUCGGCUCCGGCUACGACGCCUACUGCGUCAGCGGCUACGCCUCCAGGGACCUGUGCGCCAUGGACCUGACGCGGGAGCUGUGUCCACUCACCACGAAGGCCAAGGAGGUGGUCCUCGAGGAGGAGAAGGCCCCAUGCAAGAAGUACGCCAUAAGACCCCCCAGGGACCUGAGCAGCAGGUUUGAGCAGGAGCAGGAGAUGAAGAGGCAGGAGGAGAUCAAAGCAAAGGAGAUGAAGCGGCUGAGGGAGGAAGAAGAGCGCCUCCUGGAGGUGGAGAAGAUGGCACCGGACCCCCUGCAUGGCCUGCGUGUGCACGCCUGGGUCCUGGUGCUGUCGGGGAAGCGAGAGGUGCCUGAGAGCUUCUUCAUAGACCCCUUCACAGCCCGCAGCUACAGCACUCAGGAUGAACACUUCCUGGGCAUCGAGAGCCUCUGGAAUCACAAGAACUACUGGGUCAACAUGCAGGACUGCUGGAAUGGCUGCAAGAACUUGGUCUUUGACCUGGGAGAUGCUGUGAAGUGGGAGUACCUGCUCUUGGGGACCGAUAAGCCGUACCUGUCCAUGUCUGAUGAGGAGGAAGAGGGGGUGAACGACUAUGAUGACGACGAUGUGGGAAAUCUGGGCAAAGAGGAUGAGGAGAAGGGCUUCGACAUGCCUCACUCGUGGGUGGAACAGAUCGAAAUCUCCCCAGAAGCAUUCGAGUCCCGCUGCCCCAAUGGGCAGAAAAUCAUCCAGUACAAGAAGGCCAAGCUGGAGAAGUGGGCCCCGUACCUCCACAGCAACGGCCUCGUGUGCUGCCUGAGCAUCUACAGGGAUCUGGAAUGCACCGACCUUCUGGAGAUCAAGCAGUGGUACCAGAACCGGGAGGACAGGCUGGAGCUGAGGCACAUAAACCAGGAGACAGGCCUGAAUGUCGACUACUUCAAGCCGGGCCACCCCCAGGCUCUGCGUGUGCACGCCUACAAGUCCAUGCUGCCCGAGAAUGACCGUGUGAUGGAGUUUUACGAGUCGGCCCGGGUGGACGGCCUCAUCAAGAGGGAGGAAACGCCGACCACCAUGGAUGAGUACUUCCUGGGCCGAGCGGACUUCCUCUCCUCCCGCCAUGUCAAGUUCGGCCCCAGGGUCAAGAAGCUUGCUCUGAACAGCCCGGAGUCCAACCCCCGGCCUGUGGUGAAAAUCACUGAGCGCUUCUCCCGCAACCCCAAGAAGCCUGCGGACGAGGACGUGGCGGAGCGCACGUUCCUGAUGGUGGAGGAGCGCAUCCAACUGCGCUACCACUGCCGCGACGAGCACAUCACGGCCUCCAAGCGCGAGUUCCUGCGGCGCACCGAGGUGGACAGCAAGGGCAACAAGAUCAUCAUGACGCCUGACAUGUGCAUCAGCUUUGAGGUGGAGCCCAUGGAGCAUACAAAGAAGCUGCUCUACCAGUUCGAGACCAUGAUGCAGCUCAAGAGUGAGGAAAAGCAGUGCAGACACCAGGCCUGGGAGUCGGAGCUGGAGGUGCUGGAGAUCCUGAAGCUUCGAGAGGAAGAGGAAGAGGCCCACACGCUGACCAUCUCCAUCUAUGACACCAAGCGAAAUGAGAAAAGCAAGGAGUACCGGGAGGCCAUGGAGCGGGUGAUGCACGAAGAGCACAUGCGGCAGAUGGAGACGCAGCUGGACUACCUGGCCCCGUUCCUGGCGCAGCUCCCCGCGAGCGAGAAGCUGACGCGCUGGCAGGCCGUGCGCCUCAAGGAUGAGUGUCUCAGUGACUUCAAGCAGAGGCUCAUCGACAAGGCCAACCUCAUCCAGGCCCGCUUCGAGAAGGAGACCCAGGAGCUGCAGAAGAAGCAGCAGUGGUACCAGGAGAACCAAUUGACCCUGACGUCCGAGGACGAAGACCUGUACCUGAGCUACUGUUCCCAGGCCAUGUUCCGCAUCCGCAUCCUAGAGCAGCGGCUCAACCGACACAAGGAGCUCGCCCCGCUGAAGUACCUGGCCCUGGAAGAAAAGCUCUACAAGGACCCUCGCCUGAUGGAGUUCCUCAAAGUCUUCGCUUGAGGAACUUCCGGGGUGGGGUGGGGGCUAUUUCAGCAGAAACAGCCAGCCAAAGCCCCUCUCCUCCACAGCCCGGCCCUGGGCCUCCUUCCCAAGUGCCCCCACUGCCCCAGCACCUGCUCUGCCGCCCUCUGUGCCUGCUUCUCAUGGGUUUCCUGUAAAUAAACACUUUAAUUUGCCGUGGGUACCUCCUAUUUCACAGCUCCAGCACCCCACCCCCUUCCCUUCUUACACCGCCUUCCUCACUUCCCCGUGGCCACCUCCUCGUUUGCUGCUGUUCCAGCUCAUCUGGAAGGUUGAGUCUUUGCAGCAUCUCUGAGCCCUGAAGCACACACACAAAACCAUACGAGGCCUGCUGCCCUGGAGUUGAUUUUGACUGGGGACAAGUGCCCUGCACGGUCCUCUAGGCUGUGAUCUUUCUGGAAACACACUGCCAGGCCUUUCUUCCGCAGUGCUGUUGGGUGGGCAGGUGAGUGCAAAAAGAUAGCUGGACCUUCAUGUGACUGGGGGCCCAGGUGUGUGCGCUGGGGUUCUGGGUCUGACAUGCGGCUGUAGGGGCCUGAAUUCUCGGUCCUCUACGUAACAACAGUUUGCUCCUCUGUGGAGUGGGGACAGCAGUGUUGUAUUUAGUGAGGCAAGCCUUGCAUUGCAGAGAGGCCUGGGACUCUCUGUAGUACAAAGCACCUACUACCUACUUCAAAUUGGACGAUACACGUGGAAGGUGGUUGUUGCAUAAUCUGUCAACUU